UGCCUGCUGUGAGAGGACACAGUACAGUAGGGGUCCGUCCGUCUCUGCCGCCAUCUCUGGAGGAGGGCUGGCGCCGGGCACACGUGGUAGAGGCGGGCAGUGGGCGGGCGUCUGUCCAGGACGAGGCAGAGGGACCGGGAAGACGAAAGUGAAGGGAAUCCACAGGAGCUGGAAACGAAACUGACAGGGAGCGGUCGUGUGGAUCCAGCCGCCCUCAGCCGGGUAUGUCAGGUGACCGCCGUUACUGAGGCAGACAGGGGCCGUUACAGCAUCACUGACCACCGCAAAAAUGCUGGAGCCUGAGAAAGAGCUUGUUUCAAAGAUGCUGCGGGCGGUGUUGCAGUCCAACAAAAAUGGUGUAGCUCUGCAUCGCGUGCAACAUGAAUACAAAGCACUUACUGGUGAUUGGAUUCCUUUCAAGGAAAUGGGUUUUUACACACUUGAUGCCUACCUGAAAGCUAUCCCAACAGUUGUAAGGAUGGAUAUCUGCCGGACUGGUGAGGUAAUGUGUCAUGCUGUGGUCUGCAGAGAGACUGCCCAGAUUGCAGAGCUUGUGGCUUGCCAAAGAAGCUCAAAGAAGAAAUCUGGUGGUCAAGUAAACUGCCACAUGAGAUUGAAGUACUCCACCCCGAUAACACAUAUUGGAAAACCUAAAGCAGUUCUUAGAAAACCAGGUUUUUCACCACAGCAAGACAGAAUAAGAAAACCCGUACCUUUGGUUACAAGAGGAAAGGGUAAUGUUUGGAGCAGCCGGCCAUCAAUAGACCCUACUCCUGUUCAUGUAGCACCUGUUUAUGCAUGUGGACUUGUUCGGGAGGUUCAGAUGCAGAGACCACCAACCAUUACCAGCCGGCCUGAAAAGAGAGUUAAUGUUCCACCCCGAUUCCAGAAAGAAGUCAACCUAUAUACAGUACCUCACCCUGUCACAGACUCUAAUGCAAAUGAGACAACGCAUUCUGGCAAAGCUCCUCUGCUGGGCAAUUUCCAUCCCAACCUGCCCAUAAUUCAGAGCAACCUGCGUGAUCUGUUCAGCAAACACAGCAACGGUAUUUUUUUAUCCAAGCUGCCAUAUGUAUACAAGGAGACCUUCAAGCAUGAUCUGGGUGAUGAAGUCUUGAGACAAGUUGUGAAUUGGAGCCACAUAUGCAUGGCACAGACGCUCAUAAGCAAUGGCCAUACUGAAGUCAUUCUAUGUUCCCCCACUAAAAAGCCACAGAUGCCUCAAAAGACUACCCAGCAACGAAACAGCGAUCAGGUUAAACCAAAUCCUACCCUUGGCCAGACGAAGCCUGCGUCACCCCAGAAGCAAACUGCAAAUCCUGUACCUCAUUCUGAACUUAAGCAAAAGGUUUCUGAACUCUUGACCCACUACUGCAGUGGUCUCUGGUUACAUGCACUCCCCAAAGUCUUUGAGGACACUUUCAAAAUGAAAUUUCCCUCUGGCGCUCUUGAUAUAAAUGCACUUUCUGAAAUAUCAAGUGUGGAUGUUAUUUCGGAAGAUCCAUACAAAGCAAUCCUGUACCCAAAGAGCCCACAAAGCGAAGGGCAAAAUCGGAACCUUGCGGUCACGAAUGGAAGACAGAAACGUGAUGAUGAACCAUGUCCAAUGGAACAGUCAGAAGAACAAAUUGAUUUAGAUAUGGCUCCUCCACCACUGGUUAUACCAUCAGAAGCCUCCCCCUCCGUUCUGGUUGUUGAAUUAAAUAACACAGAGGAGGUUGUAAUACGGUAUGUUGGCAAGGACUACUCUGCUGCACAAGAACACAUGGAAGAUGAGAUGAAGGAGUUCUACAACACAAACGCGUCACCUGUCAGACCGAGCUCCUUAAAAGUGGGACAACUUGUGGCAGUUAAGGCAGAUGAGGAGGCAUGGCUGCGCGCUCAGAUACUGUCUGUAGAACAAAACAAAAUUAAGAUUUUGUAUGUGGACUAUGGAUUCAAUGAAGUUGUGGAUUGCACUAAAGUUUGUCGGCUGAGCAAACAAUUUUACUCUCUCCCAUUCCAGGCUGCAAAAUGCAGACUAGCAGGUUUGGAAGCUUUCUGUGAUGACCUAGUUCUUGUGAAGGCCGUGGAGGUGAAAGCCUGUGGUAAAAUUCUUGCUGUUGAGAUUCUUCAGAAAGCAGAGAAGCCACUAGUGAUACUCUAUGACACAUCGGGGGAUGACGAUAUAAACAUAAAUGCCAUGUGUCUUCGGGAGCUGUCUGAUCAUUCUUUGAGUCUACAGUUGAAGGUGAAUGCUUCCUACACAAAUGUGAAUGUGACCAACGUUUGUUCUGAUGGGACGUUGUUUUGUCAGGUCCCGUCAAAAGGUCUGACGAAACUUAGCGAGACACUGCAUAAAGUUGAAGCUGAAUUUAGUUCAAAGACUGUUACUUCUGAUUUAUUUGUAUCCCUUCCAUUCUGUGGGAAAAUAUGUUUGUUCUACAGCAAGGGGAAAUGGGCACGUGUGGAGAUAACAAGUGUCCACAGCAGUCGAGCUCUAGAUGUUCAGUUUCUAGAUUCUGGAACAAUUGCUUCGGUGAAGGUGUCCGAACUGCGAGAAAUUCCAUCUUCCUUUCUACGAGAGAUAAUCUCCAUACCACCUCAGGCCACAAGAUGCUGUCUUGCUGAUCUUCCUCUUAACAUUGGUAUGUGGACACCAGAUGCAGUUUUGUGGCUCCGAAACACUGUUUUAAAUUGUUCCGAAUGUAGCAUCAAGGUAGUGAAAAUAGACGAAGCAAAAAGCAUGGUGUACGUUUAUCUCUUCACAUCGAGGCUUUCUCUUGAUGCUGAACGCAGCAUUAAUCGGCAGAUCACCAAUGAAGAGUUGUGGAAGCAGCAGAAGACCGUAUUGCCCAGUACUGUAUCAACUUUGGCAAAAGGUGGAGCAGAUGCUGGAACACAAGCUGUGGUGUCCCGGAAAGAUCAAAGCAGCAUAACAAAGAAACCUGCCGUAGAGCAAGUCACCACCGGCACUACCUUAAGUUUGCCUCCACCUCUACCUCUGCCUAAGUCUGGUGAGCACAUUGACAUCUUUGUGUCCGUGGCUUGCCAUCCUGGCCAUUUCGUCUUCCAGCCUUGGAAGGAGCUGCACAAGUUGGAAGUACUUAUGGAGGAAAUGCUAUUACACUACAGCACUACUGAAGAGAAGCGGAUAGACAUGGAGAAAAAUAAAUUGUAUGCUGCAAAGGUGGAUAACAAGUGGUACAGGGUUCUUUUGACAGGAAUCCUAACAAAUGGUCUUGUGUCUGUGUAUCAGCUUGAUUACGGUCGCCAUGAGCUUGUUAAUUCCCGGCAAGUUCAGCCUCUGACUGAUAAAUUCAGACAGUUACCGUUUCAGGCUGUAACAAGUCAGCUAGCAGGUGUCAAGUGUGAGCAGUGGUCUGAGGAGGCUGCCAUUGUGUUCAGAAACCAUGUGGAAAAGAAGCCUCUCGUGGCGCUUGUACAAGAGAUUCAUGAAAGCGCUAACCCCUGGAAUCGGAAGGUUGUGGCUUACAUUGUGGACACCUCUUUACCAGACACUGAUAUCUGGAUUCAUGACCUCAUGUCAGAGUACCUUGUUGAGCUUUCCAAAUCUGACUGAUGUCUUCUCUCCAUAGUCCGCCGCAGGUCAAGCAGCAAUAACUAACAUGCAUAUAGAAAUCUUUUAAGACGUUCACAUGUUCACUACACUGUUCGGAUGUGAUGAACGUUACAGAGUUUGAAUAAAUUAAGUUUGUUUCCUGUGAAAUAUACUUAACAGAGUCAUUUUGUUUACAUUGUUUAAAAGGAUUUGAUUUUGUCUGAAAAUUUGCAAAUUGUUUCAUAAUGUAGCUGUGUAAAGUUUGAAUAUAAUGCAAAUUGUAACAUUUAUUUAACAAUAAAAGGCAAGGAAGUGC